CCCAUUUAGUUCUAUUUCCUGGUCUCUUCUGGAAUACCUGAUUCCCCGACCCUAGAGUAACAUUGGGAUCAUCGCAUUUGGAUUAUAAUAAAUGUCUCAUGUGCUGCAUGAAAAAUCAGAAGUAGUACUAAAGAAAACAGUCUUCCUAUUUGUAUACUUUUGUAUACAGUAUAUACAAAGUACUUCAUUUAGGAUACAUGACAAGAUUUUGAAGGAUUGAUUCUAAAGAUCUCAGAAAGAUACUAGGAAAAAAAAAAAGAAAGAAAAGACCAGGCAUGAUGGAUAAGAGAACUUGCUUCAGAGUCAGGAAGAUUCAAAUUCAAGUUCUACGUGUGUCACAUAGUGGUUAUGUGACUGGGCAAAUUAACUCCAUGCUUUAGGCACUUCUUUAAGGCCAUAACAUUGCAUAACAGUUACUGUCUUCAUUGGUAGAGGAAUUUCUUUUGUAGCAAUUUCCUACAGUGGUGGAAUCCUCUAUAAAAACUUUUGAGAAAAUUUGUAAAUAAUAUUAAAGAUAACCUACAUGAACAUAGGAGGAAGAAGAAACAAAUAAGCUUUUGUAAAUUAUAUUCUUUACUGACUUUAUUUUUAUAGUCACACAAGUGACUGAAAGGUAGACAAAAAUACAAAAUCUCUUAGUUUAAUUAACUUACUGAUAGUUGAACAAAGUGCUACUUUUAAAGGCUCUCCAAAAAGAUGUUUCCUGUGCAUUUGUAAAAAUCAUAAGAUUCCUUGAAAGACGAUAGAAAGAAACUUCAUUAUUAUCAUCAAUCCAGGAAUAAAACUGGGAAAUAAACUCACUAAAAGUGUUUGCCACCAUCAUGGAAGAUACUUAGAAUCCAAAUGAUGAAGUUUGCCAAAUACUACAGUUUGCAGAGAACUUUGUUUUGAUUUUAUCAAGCCUUAGAACAUUGUAGAACCCGCUAAAUGAGAUUCAUAAUUUUUAAAAAAAAUUUUGAUUAACUGAAAAACAGGAAUCAAAGUGGAUAAAGACUUUGUUCUUUAGCCUAAAAGCUAUAUAGUUAGUUGGAAAAUGCAUUGAAGCAAUCCACAAAUUACAAGUAUUUUGGAAGAACACGUAAAAUGGGUUUUGUUUGACAUAAUCAUCUAGUAGAAGUCCAGAUCCUGGUUGAAAGGGCCUCCCUUCAUACAAGAGAUUUAAUAUAUAGCUGAAACUGGAAAAUUUGAGACUGACAAUGGCUGCAGAAGCGGUCCUAACACCCCCAAAGCAAACCGGGUCCCUUAUACUGAAACUGGUGCCAGGCCCUAAAAUGGGUCAGGAUGCUCUACAAGAAUCUGCUGUACCUCCCAAGACCAUCCACCAAUUAGUACUGGAGCACUUCUUUACUUUUCUGCCAGAGAAGAAUCAGUCACAAAAUCAUAAGACUGGCAAGGAAGACACCAUAAUUUUAGUGAAAGAUGUUACUUCAACUUUGCAGAACAGAGCUCAUCCUGCUUCCUGGGUGACUAUUUUUCCCAAGGAUAGGCGUGUCCAUAAACGGGAAGUGCCGCAGACCUUUCCAUCUGAACUUCAGGAGCCUGUGGUAUUUGAGGAUCUAAAUGUGUAUCACUCCCAGGAGGAGUAUGUGGGCCUGGAUCUUUCUCAGAGGUCCCCCUUCUCUAGGAAUCAUGGAGAGGAGGAUGUUGGUGACAUGGUGUUAGAAGUAGAUUGCAAUGAGAAUAAGGAAGAUGAUCAUCAGCCAGAAAAUCCAGAGGAUAUAGAACAUCAUGAAAUGUCAUCAAGUUACUGUGAAAGGGAUGGUUCCCAGAUUUUUAAGCAGGCAAAAGGCUAUGAGAAACAUCCAGGUAACCAUGAAGGAAAAAGACUAAAUACUUCGAUCACGCAAGAAAAGAGAUUACGAAGUCUUUUAAUUACUGUUGAAAAUGAUGCCCCAUUAGAAGACCUUUCAAAAUAUGUGGACAUGAGCAUUCUUGCACUUUCUCAGAAUCGGAGAACACGAAGAUUCUAUACAUGUCCCCAGUGUGGAAAACACUUUACUGAAAGUUCUUACCUUAUUUCUCAUCAGAGAACACAUACUGGAGAAAAACCUUAUGAUUGUAUCCAUUGUGGGAAAAGCUUCAAUCAUAAAACAAAUCUUAAUAAACAUGAACGAAUCCACACUGGAGAAAAACCUUAUACAUGCUCUCAGUGUGGAAAAAAUUUUCGUCAGAACUCUCACCGGAGUCGCCAUGAAGUAAUUCAUGUAAAGGAAAAACUCCUUAAAUGUCAAGAAUGUGGGAAAAGCUUCUUAGGAGAUGAAGAAUUUUUGCUUCAUCAAGAGACUCAUGAAGAAGAGAGGCCCUAUAGAUGUAGUAGAUGUGGGAGAAGAUUCAGUCGACAAUCAAAUUGUACCAGACAUGAAAAAGCCCAUUUCAUACCUAAACCACAAAAGCAAGUGUUAUCGAGUUAAUCAGACCUUGUUUACCUUGACAUGAUUCUCCCUGUGGUGACCCUCUAAAUGCUAAGAAUGUAAGAAAAAUUAUUUGAAACUCUGAACUCACAUAGUGAAACUUUAAUAGUCCAAAUGAGAUAAAUAUCCAACCAUCACAGCUCAGGCAUUAUUUACUCUUUGAAGAAUGUAUAAAGAAAAAAAACUUAUAUGAAUGGGCCAAGCCGUUGUAGUUCAGACAAAGGACUAAGGAUAGUUUCCAUGUAAAACAAUGCAAAGAGAACUGUAAAGUCUCCAAAUCUUUCUUUCAAAGAAAACCUUCCUCUGUAUUUUUCUUUCUAUCUACAGGUUUCUCUUAGGAGUGACCAGAGUGAAAGCUUAGUAGGAACUCAUUACUAAUGUAGUUUAUCCUGCUUUCCUCUACAUGAAAAUCAGCAUUAAAAUAUGGCAAUAUAAAAAUGAAUCAAGUAUAACUGACAUGUACUAUAUACUUGUCUUGGAUAUAGUGAACAACAACUCUUAUUAGGUCUAUUAAAUAAGUAAGUGACUAAAAGCUUGAAAUUCUAAAAAGAAAAUUUCACUUUAGACAAGGAACUACCAUGGAUUAAUAUGAAGGGUCUACAAAGUGGAUCACUCUCAUUUGGAUUACACCUAAGUGCAGUUUCUGGUCAUGUAUAGCUUUUACCAUUUCAGUACAAUAUUUGUAUUCUGUGACUUAUUUUGAAUAUUCAUGUUUUAUCAGAAAGAUGCCAUUUUUUCCUCUUAUUAAAAAAGUUUUCUGCAUUCUUA